CAAAGUCAUAAUAGUCGUGGUUGUGGGCGUGACUUCACUUUUGACGACUGGUAGCAGCCUCCUUGCUAUUUACUUAAAAGGAGAUUCCCCCGACCAAUCAUCUGGGAAAUCAUCUGACAAAUCAUUUAGCGGACCCUACAAAAAUAUAGCGGUUGCCACGGAUACACUGCAGUGCUCCAAAAUCGGAAACGACACCCUAAAAGCUAACGGUUCGGCAGUGGAUGUUGCAAUCGCCGCCAUGUUCUGUUUGGGUGUGAUCAGCAUGCACUCAUCAGGGAUAGGAGGCGGUGGAGUGAUGUUGAUCUAUAAUCAAACAUCAAAGAAUGCCACAGUCAUCGACUUUAGAGAAACUGCCCCAGCCACAGCCGACAAGGACAUGUUUAAGGGCGAUAAAAAUAAAUCCAAGAAAGGUGGUCUGGCUAUCGCUGUUCCCGGUGAAGUGCGCGGUAUGUACGAGGCUUGGAAACGACAUCACCGGUUACCGUGGAAACAACUUGUUCAACCCGCCAUUGAUUUGGCCAGAAAUGGAUUUAACGUAACUGAAGCUGUGGAAGAUGCACUGAAUACGACAGAAGGAAUCCAAAAAGAUAUUGAAAACGACCCGGGAUUGCGUGAGCUGCUCCUUAUUGAUAACAAUACGCUGGUUAAAAAAGGAAAUUCUAUAAGGAACGAAAAGUACGCAAAGACUCUGGAAAGAGUGCGUGACGAUCCUGAC